AUCCUUUUCAAUGCUCGUCCGGGACCGCAAAGAGAGAGUGUGCGUGUGUGUAUGUGUGCGCGCGCGUGUGCGCCGUUUCAUUCGCUGCUGCCAGGAGACGCGCAUCUCUUUUACCGCCGGUAGACUCUUCAGUCUGUCAGCCUCACGUACAGCUCCAGUCUGCUGGGUGUUAUCACCGCAACAUUUGUUUGCCGGUUCUUUCCACAUUCUCAACAGCUGAGCAGCCGGUUCCGCUCGGAGAGAGAGAGAGAGAGAGGGAGAAGAUCCAACAAAAUAAACGGGAGGAGACGCGAGUACCGACUGGGCGUUGCUGGAGGACAAAACUGCUGUAGACUCGGUCAGCCAUAGCCGUCUGAUAGCAGUAAACUCCAAGUGGUUCCUGAUUACUGCUGAGACGGACCUCCAGGACUAGGACAAGAUGAAACCGGAUGGUGUUGACACGGCAUCAAUGGAGCCAAUGGAAGCAUUAAAUGCAGGUCCUGCGAUUGAGGUGGCGCCAGUCGGGGAAGCUCAGGACCAGGCUUUGCCUGCAACAGAGGCUGAACCACAACCAACAGCGCCACUUUCCGCAACCAACAAGACUGGAAAGGAGAAGCCUACGGAUCCAAAAGCUAAGACGAAGGCUCCUGCCAAAACAAAGACACCCAUUGCUGGUACCAAGGCAUCUACUACCAGCUCCCGUCCCCCCACUGGCCAAAGCCGCCUGACAAAUGGGGCACAGAAGUCGCAAGCAAACGGCGUCACCAAAAAGACCACCACGGGAAGCCUGGAUAAGAAAACCUCAACCACUGCUGGCCCUAAAAAACCAGUUGGCUCUGCUACUGCGCCCACAGCCAAGACCCCUACCAAGGUGGCAGAGAAGAAGCCACUGGGGACGGCGAGACCUGCCAGCGCUCCAUCCAAUGGUGUGAAGACAACGGGGACAGCACAGCCUAUCAAGAAAGCCCCUGCUGCUCCGGCCAAUGGUCUGAAGCCCAAACCAAAAACUACAGCUCCAGCUCCAAGACCCGCUACUGCAUCCACCACCAAGAGCAGCACCACUGACGCUCCCAAACCAUCUGUUGCCAAGACAGCCAGAUCUGUUGGCUCCGUUCCUGCUGCCCGUUCUUCACCUGCUGCCCCUAAGCCUGCAACCCCAACAACUGCUUCCAAGACGCCUACAUCCACAUCCAGGCCAACCACUGCUACACCCAAGACACCAUCUACUACUGCUAAACCUUCUCCGGCUAAAACCACAGCACCCCCUUCUGGCCGCACUCCUACUCCCAAGACAACAACACCUGUCAAGAAAGAUGUCAGUAAGCUGUCAUCUACUCCAGCACCUAAGAAGACCACUUCUUCUCCCCUUACCCGGCCAGCAACAUCCAAGCCCGCCAAACCAGACACCCCCAAAUCAGCUCUGACUGCCAAGGCAGAAUCAGCUUCCAAAAAACCCAGCACCGCAAGCAAGGCAGCAGAUGUUAAAACUAGUAAACCCAAGGAGAGCAAAGCAACACCCUCCAAGGAGGUCAGUGCAAGCCCCAAGACCACAGGCACCAAGCCCAGCACUAAAACAAGUAGCCCAAAGAAGACUGUUGGCAGUAGCACUCCAAUGUCAUUGAAGGGUGGUCCAAAAGCCUCCGCGCCUGCAGACACAGCAGCAAAAGAGGCUGAAAAGAAAGACAUUGUACCCGCUGUGGUUGCAGCAACUACUGCAGUUGCUGCUGUUGUUUCUGUGGUGGCCUCAGAGGGACCUGAAAAGGUGCCUGAAGACCUGUCUUCUGUGGCUGUCUCUGAGGUGAAAUUGGAAGACUCAUUUACAACUCCAAUUCCCGCUUACUCUGAGACUAAAGAUUCUGUUGAAAUGGCCACACCUGUCAUUCCUUCUACUAUGGAUAAAUCUGACAAAGAUGCAACUCCUAUGCCUUAUUUAUCUGAGGAACAAAUUGAAGACAGAACCUCUGAUGAGACACCAGAAGAAACUGGUCCCUUCCUUCCUCAUAUUCAUCCUGCCUCUGAAGAAACAACCAAGGACAAAACCAUGUCUGUCAUCCCCCCUACUUCCUUUGAGGCAACUGAAGUAAAAGAUUCAACUGCCUUUACUCUUACCUCUGAAGAAAUACCUGUAGACACAACUACAUCUGUAAUUCCUCCUACAUCUUAUGAGGAAAGACAAGAAACGGUUUCACCUGUUAUUCUUUCUACUUUUGAAGAAACAUAUGAACAUGAAAAUGUAUCUUUGAUCCCCCCUACAUCUUAUGAGGAAAGACAAGAAACUGUUUCACCUGUUAUUAAUCCUACUUUUGAAGAAACACACGAACAUGUAACUACAUCUUUCGUUCCUCCCACAUCUUGCGAUGCAAGAAAAGAAACUGUUUCCCCUGUUAUACCUCAUGCUUCUGAAGAAACACCUGAACAUGAAACUACAUCUGUAAUUCCCCCUACCUCUUAUGAGGCAAGAGAAGAAUCUGUUUCACCUGUUCAUGCUUCUAAAGAAAUACCUGAAGAGGUAACUACCCAUACCUCUUAUGAGGCACCUGAACAAAAUACCAUUGAAUCUGCCUUUGAUGAGGAACCUGAAGACCCAGAUACACCUGUCAUUUCUCCUACCCCUGAUGAUGUGGAGCUCACCUAUGCCCAGGAUAUCUCACAGAGCAUGGACACGUAUAAAGAUAACAAUGCCAGCUCUCUAUUUUCUGCUGAGGUGGACCAGGAGGAGCCAGUGCCUGCUGAAUCUCCCCUUGGUACCACAAUACUCUCCCCACCAUCCUCUCCUACUGGCCCAAUUUCCAUGCCAGUUGAGAUCCCAAGCUCAUCUCCAUUCCAGGACUUGCAGUGUGCAGCUGAAACAUGGCCACAAAGCUCUUCCCUGUUCCCCCACACUGCAACCACAGAGGACAUGGAGCAAGAUGAGGAAAGUGAGGAAGAUGAUGACAAACAGCAGGAAGAUAUAGCAAUGUCCUCUGCAGCAAAGGUAGCGAUGGGAGGUUUUGAAAUGCUGGGCUCUGCUGGUGGGGAUCACAUUAGACCCGAGGCUCCAGUCUCUGCCUGGCAAGAACGAGAAGAAGCAGUGGAGAAAGCUGAAGAAGAGAUUAAUGAAGACAAUGAUGAGGAGGAGGAGGAGGAAGAGGAUGAUGAGGAGGAUGAGGUCAGAGAGAUUGGCAUAGAGGAACCAUUGCCACAAACAGAGAAGGACGAUGACUUUAAAAAGGGGGUGACAGGAUUUGCUAGCUCUGAUUGGGGCAUGAUGCAGUCAGAUGACAUGUUUAGCAGUAACAAACAUGACUCAGAAGUGACAUCUCCCUUCAGUGCUGAAGACAAGUGCAGUGCUAAAGAGACACAUGGUUUUGCCAUUAAUGAGACUGAUGAGGAAAAGCCAUUCACAGGGCCUCCUGGAAUCCAGUCAUUUGGUAGUGAAGAUGAAGAAGAGGAUGAGGAAGAUUUGAAGGAACACAUGGACCUGGAGCAUGAUGCUGAGGAUCACAAACAACAAGAAGAGAAAGAGAAGGAGGAUGAAGAUGUGGAGAUGAUCCACAAAGGCAUGGCUGAGAGUGGGGUGUGUGGAAAUUAUGAUGAUGAUGAUGAGGAAGACGAAGAAGAAAAUCAGAAUUACACAGAAGAGCGCUGUCUAGAUUUUAGCAGCACUGGUCACAAUGCACCAGCAACAACUAUGCCUUCGACCACAGCAUGGAGUCAGUCCAAUCCAUUCUCUGAUUCCUUGGCCCAGCCUGCUUCCUUUCUGUCUGAAUCAAGCCUGUCAGAUACAAGAUUCCAAGAUCCAGACACAACCUCUACAUUCUCAGCUGUUCCAGAAACAAGCAUCACAUUCGCAGCCGAUCCAGAUACUCCACCUAAAUCCCCAGCUCCACCCCUGAUUCAGGCUUCAGAACCUCAACCUGAAUCCCAGGCGGAGACUGGAUACUCCGUCCCAGCAGAGCCAGGGAUCUUGGCUGCCCCUGCCAUUGGGAUGUCCCAGUCCAGCACUCUCAGUGGAACAGCCCUGGCGGCCCACAGCAGCAGUGAAACCAGCACACCCGAAGAGCUACGUGAUUAUGACAGCAGCUCAGGUGUAGAGUCCCGAUCAGACAAACAGCAGACGCCUGUGCCUGCCAUUCAACCAGACAUGGAACAAGAUCUUGGUAUUCACCUUGAGCGUGGUGAUGGGGAGGAAGAGGAGGCAGAAACACUGCCAGCAGACGAGAUAUUGGGUGAUGCGGCAACUGCGCCAGCCUCGGUUCCAUCAUCACCAUCAACCUCUGGUGAUGAGGCCAGUGAUACAGAGGGCGAAAUGCAGAUUAACGAUCCAGAUGUUGCAGUUGAUGAUAAGACGACAGUCCCACACAACCUCUCCGCUCUUGAUGAAGAUGAGGAGGCGCCUGAACAAAUUGGAGAGGAAGAUGGCGGUACUCCUCAAUCAGCCAACUCUGUGGCCUCCUACGGAUUUGACUGCUCUGCCUCCAUCUCCAAUGCCCACUCCAUGGCCGAAAGUUGUGGAAAGAGUCCAGGUAUCUUUAGCCUGGAAAACGAAGAGCAGCUUCCAGAGGAAGCAAAGGAUCCGUCUUUCAUCAAGGAGCUCACCUUGCCAGCUGCUACCGCCUACAGUGAUGACUUGUUAGGCUGCCCGGUGGAUUUGCUGCCUAUCAGCGAGCCCGCAACAGAGAGAGAUGCUGGGUUUGAUGAGCACUACAUGCUCUGCAGUAAAACAGAUCCAGGCACUAUGGAGGAAAUGGAUCCUGAGUCUCCCAUGCACCUGUCGCCCCAACAUGGGGAUGAUACAGACGGCCAGCCACCGUACUUCUCUGCUAUAUGUGAUAAGACUGAUAACUUUCUAGCAGGUAACGUAUAAAGUCCCUCCUUUGGAAUGCACCUUGUCUACCCCCAAACCCCACGCUCCCACCCCGUGUCCUUCAUUUCUUCCAAAUGUGGGGUUAGCAAGAAGAGAAAUUAAAAGAAAUACGUAGUAGAAGAGAGAAAGGGGAGCCGUCAUUGAGGGAUUAUAGCUUUGUCCGAGCUGCUCUCUGUUCUUCUAUUACCACAGUGAUGGUUAUGAUUGUAUGGCUUAAAUUUCUGUAUGUACAGUAGCUAUUAUCAUUUUCUAUUAGAAUGUACUUUUUAAAUAACACUGCGUUUCAUGGCACCCCUGAACCUGCAAUGUUAGAUUAAGUUAAGGUGAUGUCCUAUAGUGAAAGGACGAAAAUACAAAAAAAUAAAUAAAAAUCAACACACUUGGUGGAUUUCAACUACCUUUGUAUUUAUCCUACUGUUUUUACCAAUCAAAUGUCAAUUUUUUUAUACUUUGUUUUUUUUUUCCUUGGUUUUGUUUGUUUUGUUUUUGAGAUCCCUGUCUUACCUUAAUGUUUGUACACACAUCAGUUUUCCUGCACUGUAAAAGUAGCUUUACUGUCUUUUUAAAAUGAUCCAGCACUAACUGCUUUAGCAUUAAUUACAGGUUAGAUAUUCUUCAGAAGCGUUUCACUCUCACAGUGUUUGACAUAGGAAGGUGAAUGGGUGUUAGAUGGCAAGUCAUACUUCAUUUUUCUUUGUGUUUUGUUUUUGGGCUACCGCUGCGCAUUUUUGUGAAGGCUAACAUAUUCUCAUUGGCACGUAACUUAAGUGUUUUAAAGUACUGGGCUCAGAUUGAUCUUGAUUCUUUCAUUUACAGUAGAUGGACAUUUGUACUUUGGAACGGACUAACUAUUUCUGUUCAUGGAAAUUAAAGUGCUUUCCUGCAUUUCUUAAAACGAUGCUCGCAGGCCAGUGUACUGCGAGUAUUGGGACAUUUCUACAAGAAUUGGAACUGCAUGUGCAACUAACUGAGAAAUUGUUAUAAUCUUGAUAUGAUUCCAGACAUGAUCCAGGGAUGUUUGGUAUUUAAUGAUUCACAAUAAUUGAAACUUUUUUCCCCCAAAACUCCAUUAAACAUCAUUGCAAGGCUGUC